GUCACACACACAUACACAAACCACACACACACACAAGAGAUUAGCACCAUUUUGUUUUGAAUGGGAGGAGAGCAGCAACUGGCCAGUGUAACUCUGUAGAUUUCGCCUGUGUUAUUCUUACAACUUGUAAAAUAACACCAAACGAAAGAACCAUUCUCGUGGCGUUGCUUCUGGUUACUGGCAGCGCAUUCUUUAGCCGUUGUCGUUCUGGCACCCCGUGAUAAGUGGAUCGCUACAGAAACGUUAGCAGAGAUAAGCUGACUGGCGAGAGAGCACAUUCUUUGGCACUUCUGUCUCAAACAGGUCACGUCUCAGCGGUCUCGUCUAGAACAUUCUUCCACGACUCUCCCAGCAAGAUCGAAGCUAAAAUGAGUGCUCCUUCAUCUCAAAAAGUCGUGCUGAAAAGCACCACCAAGGUGUCCCUGAACGAGCGCUUCACAAACAUGCUGAAGAGCAAGCAGCCGAGUGCCGUGAGCGUCCGCGCCAGCCUGCAGCAGCAGCACAUGGCCAGCGCGCGGAACCGACGCCUGGCGCAGCAGAUGGAGAACCGGCCCUCCGUGCAGGCCGCCCUCCACCACAAGCAGGUGGGUCGUCUUCAGAGCCUGAAGCAGCGCCUGGGCAAGAGCAACAUCCAGGCGCGUCUGGGCCGGCCGGUGGGCGCCCUGAUGAUGCGCGGCGCGGCCGGGGGCCGAGGGUUCGGCGGGGGACGCGGCUUCGCUGGCGGUCGGGGCUUCGGCGGGGGACGCGGCUUCGUGGUGGGCGGCCUGAGAGGAGCGGCGCGCGGAGGCCUGCGGGGACGCGGCGGAGGCCGAGGAGUCGGCGUGAGGGGAGCCCUCGUCUUCAGAGGCAUGGGCCAGAUGCGAGGCCGGGGUGGCGCUGGGCGAGCAGGCCUGAGGAGGGGCAUGCGUCAGCGAGGAGGCGGACCUGGCAGGGGAGCCAUUAUGAUUGGCCGAGGAGCAGGAAGAGGAGGGGCUGGAGCCCGGGGCAGAGGACGCGGAGGUGGCAUGCGCGGUCGCGGGGGAUUCGCCGGCCGGGGGGGCCGCGGGCGCGGACGGGGCCGAGGAGCCCUGGGAGGAGGACGCGGUAGCCAGGUGACGCGGGAGCAGCUGGACAACCAGCUGGACGCCUACAUGUCCAAGACCAAAGGCCACCUGGACGCAGAGCUGGACGCCUACAUGGCCCAGGCUGACCCCGACAGCAUGGAGUGACCGUCCCGCCCCCCGUCCCCCCCGUCCCCACCCCAUCCAACCCCCCUCCCCCCCCGGGCAGCGAGGGUCGUCCACAUCCACAGCUGAAGCAAAGCAGCGUAGACCUGCAGAAAACGCUUAAAGACUUUUACAUGAAGAUGAUUUUUAUAUCACACACACACACACAUGAAUAUGAAUAUGAAUAUAUCUCUGAAACUCUCAUAAGGUCACACACGCAUACGGACACACACACACACACACACAGACACACACCCCACACACCCAGGGGUCUUGGCCAUGCUGAUAUGAUGAUGCCCGUCUCCCAGGGACUGGUCGGUCCACACACUGCACUGUACACUAAUGACACAUGGGAUUCCUCUAAGUCCACAGUCUAGGCUGUUAUACGCAAAUGGGGAAAAUAUAUAUAUUUGUGUGUACACGUUUGUUUUGAAUGUUUUAUCGGACCAUUGGAAGGACUGGAUUGGCUGCUGUGUUUCUGUUUGUUAUAUGACCUGUAUGACCUUUGACCUAUGACCUGUAAUUUUUAACUGUAACAAAGAGGGCAGUAUGCUCCCCUCAUCCUGCUGUCCCACUCAAAGCAGAUUUUUUAUUAUUAUUAUUUCUGUUUUUUUUUGUGUGUUUUUUUUUCUUUCUUUUU